AGCGCCGCGCUCCACACACAAAUGUUUUAUUAUUGUUUCUGUGGGUUUUUAAGAUAAAACCAUCUCAGAUCUUCAGGAAUAACAUGUAGGCUUUCCUGCCAAAAAAUGGAUUUGAUUUAUGAUUCAACACUAGUGCGACUUAAAGCUUUUUUGCCUUCGUAACCUUUGGAGCCGCGCAACAGGACUCCGGCGUUCCCACAGAUUUUACGCACGCGCAUUUUCAUUCAUCAAACUGCUUUAAUUCAUGCCUGCUUGAUAUAUGAUUCAACACUAGUGCCAUUUGAAGCUUUUGAAGCGUCAGCCUCACAAUGGAGACGCAGAGCAACACGUCGCACCCCCCUAACACCUCGGACCCGUUCGGACGCGAUGAAGAAGUGGCUAAAAUCGAGAUCGCGGUGCUCAGCGUGACCUUCGCGGUGGCGGUGAUCGGGAACUACAGCGUCCUGGUGGCGAUCCACAACACGAAGAAGAAGACCUCGCGCAUGCACCUGUUCAUCAAACACCUGAGCCUCGCAGACCUGGUGGUGGCCUUCUUCCAGGUGCUCCCGCAGCUCUGCUGGGAGAUCACCUUCCGCUUCUACGGGCCUGACUUUCUGUGCAGGAUCGUCAAGCACCUCCAGGUCAUGGGCAUGUUCGCGUCCACCUAUAUGAUGGUGAUGAUGACUCUGGACCGCUACAUCGCCAUCUGCCACCCGCUGAAGACCCUCCAGCAGUCCACCCGCAGGUCGCAGGUGAUGAUCGGCGGCACGUGGGUGUGCAGUCUGGUCCUCAGCAGCCCGCAGUACUUCAUCUUCUCGCUGAGCGAGAUCCAGAACGGCUCGGAGGUGUUCGACUGCUGGGCGCACUUCAUCCAGCCGUGGGGCGUGCGCGCGUACAUCACCUGGAUCACCGCGGGGAUCUUCCUCGUGCCCGUGCUGAUUCUGAUGACCUGCUAUGGCUUCAUCUGCCACAGCAUCAGGAUGAGCAUCAGGUAUAAGAGCAAGCGGACGCAGGUCUUCGGGAAGCAGUCGGUGAGCUCGGUCUCCAGCAUCUCCAGGGCGAAGCUGCGCACCGUCAAGAUGACCUUCGUGAUCGUGCUCGCCUACGUCAUCUGCUGGGCGCCCUUCUUCACCGUGCAGAUGUGGUCGGUGUGGGACCAGAGCUUCAGCUGGGACGACUCGAAGAACACGGCCGUCACUCUGUCUGCUCUGCUGGCCAGUCUGAACAGCUGCUGUAACCCGUGGAUCUACAUGGUGUUCAGCGGACACCUCCUGCAGGACUUCGCCCUCUGCUUCCCCUGCUGCCAGAAGAUCCAGAAGAGUUUCCGCAAGGAGGACUCAGACAGCAGCAUCCGCAGAACCACACUGCUGACCCGCAUGGCCAACCGCAGCCCCACCUGCAGCUCCAGCACAUGGAGAGAGCUCCAGCACUCGCCCAAGACUGACCGCUCUACGCCGGCUAACACGUGACGCUGCGUUCAUCAGCUCACAUACAGCUGAAGGCAGAAUUAUUCACCCUCCUGUGAAUUUUUCUUUCUUUUCAAAUGAUGUUUAACAGAGCAAGAUAUUUCUUACAGUAUUUCCUCUAAUAUUUUCCUUCUACAGAAAGUCUUAUCUGUUUUAUUUCGGCUAGAAUAAAAGCAGUUCUUAUUUGUUUUAAAGCCAUUUUAAGGUCAAUAUUAUUAGCCCCCUUCAGCAAUAUUAGUUUUGGAUUGUCUCCAGAAUAAACCACUGUUAUACAAUGACUUGCCUAAUUACCCUAACUUUACCCUAAUUAACCUAGUAAAGCCUUUAAAUGUCUCUUUAAGCUGAAAUCAGUUAUUAGAAAUGAGUUAUUAAAACUAUUAUGUUUAGAAAUGUGCUGAAAAACAAUAGUAAACAGUUAUAGGGGUAAUAACAUACAGGAGGGUGAAUAAUUCAGACCUCAUCUGUACAUCAGGAGGAUCACUUCUGCUGAUUCAGGUUUCAGUUCUGUGUCAAAUGAGGCUCUUACAACUGAAAACUGAGAGCGAGCAGUCACUUCAGUCACAGUACAGAGCCGGACAGUAAAGACGGAGAACUGCUUGAUAAAAUAUGCUUGAAGAUCAUCGUCAUUUACGCCAUAGAAACAUUGAUUUAGAAUGUGCUGUCAAAAAUAUAUAUCUGAGAACGCUCUCAAGAAUGAUCUUUAUUAUAGAAUGUUCUCUAAAAAUUAACAUUGUAUUGAAUGUUGCCUCAAAAGAAUAUUUUAGAAUGCUCUCAAAAAUGAUCUUUAUUUUAGAAUGUUCUAGAAUGUUCUCUUAUGUUAUUUUAGAAUGAUUUCUAAAAUCGAACAAUAUUUUAGAAUGUGUUCUAAAACUGAAUGACACUUUAGAAUGUGUUCUAAAACUGAAUGACACU